GGCUGACCUCUUUACCUCACCAGCAACAACAAACUUGCUGCAAUAUCGUAUUCGAGAAAGAUGGAGUACGAGGAGCAUACCGAAGCUACAUCCGUCUACAUUAUGUAUGUGAUGUACAUGAUCAUUACACUAAAUAGAUCCACAUUGGCGCUUUUGAUUUUGGUGAUUUCGGAGGAAAGACGCCGCCGCCGAUUUCUACAUGAGGUUGUCAUGCGGACAAACAAUUUGUUGUUGAACUUUGCAGCGCCUCUGCUUCAAAGAAGGUCUCAGCGAACAUGCUGGAUGCGGGUCAGAAGCAAAGACUGGUGGGAGAGAGUGGUUUUAAAGGAAUUUGAAGACGAGGAGUGGAAAGACAACUUUCGCAUGACCCGCAGGUCCUUCAACAAAUUGUGUGGGAUGAUGGAAGGAGUCUUGAAACCUGAGGUCGUGACCGUUCGAGCGCCGGUACCGCUCGAAAUGAGGGUUGCCAUUGUUCUGUACAAACUGGCCAGUUGUGCCCAAUACAGACUUGUGGCCAAUCAGUUCGGCGUCCACAAAACAACAGUAAAGAAGUUUGUGUACAUAUUCUGCAAAGGAAUGGUGUCGUCGCCGGUCAUUCACAACUUCAUCAAGGUGCCCACGACAAAAGAAGCCAUCGGCAUAGCACGCCGAUUCGAACAGAAGUUCAACAUCCCACAAAUCAUCGGGUGCAUCGACGGCACCCACAUUCCAGUUUUACCGCCAAGUGAUGGCUACCAAGAAUUUGCAAACUGCGAAGGAUGGCCCUCGUAUGUCCUCCAAGCCGUGGUGGACGACAUGUAUCGAUUCUGGAAUAUCAACUGUAAGAUGCCUGGGUGGACUUACGAUGACAACGUGCUUAGGCAAUCGACGUUGUUUAACCAGGCACAUCUUCUACCAAAAGAACCAAGAGAAAUCAAUGGCGUCCCCAUCAACCACUUUCUGUUGGGCGAUCCAGCUUAUCCUCUCAUGGACUGGCUCAUAAAAGGCUACGCCCAUUCCCCAAACAUCACCCCUGAGCAGGAGUCGUUUAACGCGUAUUUAAGCUCUGCAAGGACCACAGCAGAGACUGCGUUUGAGAGACUGAAGUCGCGCUGGAGAGUGCUGCUGAAGCGCAGUGACUGCCACUUUACGUUCACCCCUCACGUCGUUGGGGCCUGUUGUGCAUUGCACAAUUUCUGUGAGAACGAGAAGGAGAGCGUAAAUCCCAUCUGGACGGAGGAAGCUGCUGCUCUGGCGUUGGACUUGCCACAGCCUGGGCUCCGUGCGUUCAACACCUCGGACAAUGCGAAUGGUCAGAGGAUCAGAGCGGCCCUUACAGACUAUUUGAGUGCAAACUUCCCCCUGCGCCGGUGAAACUUUUUAGAUGUCUUGGUAUUUUGUAAAUAGUUGUAAACAAUUUGUAUAUUUUUACUGUACAGUUGACACUUGUUUCAUUCCACGAAUAAACAAAUUAUUGAUUAAUGCGACUAUCAA